ACAACUUGCUCUGUUCCAGACACACAGCUUUCUUCAGCCAACGCAGGUACCAUGAACACGAAGACCUUCCUCGCCGUUGCCGCCGCCGCCUUCGUGGGCUCCGCCGUCGCCGAGACGUGCUCGUCGACCGACCAGACCAGCGCGUACUCGUCGCUGGCGAGCGUGCUGACGCUGAGCUCGUUCCAGGGCUGCGCGGACGAGUCUGGCUUCAGCCUGCUGUACUCGACGUCGCUGCCGGACGACGCGCAGUACGAGAAGAUGUGCGCGUCGGACAACUGCAAGUCGCUGAUCGAGUCGGUGGCUGCCUUGAACCCGCCUGACUGCGACCUGACGGUGCCGACGAGCGGGCUGGUGCUCAACGUGGUGGACCUGACGAGCGGCUUCUCGACCAAGUGCUCGUCGCUGUCCUCUACGUCGACGUCGACGACCUCGACUGCCUCGAGCGCCGCUACGGCCACGACGACGGAGGCUCCGGCCGCCACGACGGCUGCCCCCGCCACGGAGAGCGCCACGACGGAGAGCGCCACGGUGUCCGCUGCGACGGAGGCCCCCGCCGCCACCCCGGCCGCUACCACGCCCACGACGGAGGCGUCGAACUCGACGACGUCAGUGACCCAGACUGCCACGGCCUGCUAAGUUGUAGGUUUGCGCGGCUGGGCUGUCCACGUAUAUAUCAUUCUGGGAGUCGAGUCUCGAUUGCCCUGUAAUAAACCUUUUCGAUAUCAUAGGUUGGGUUGCUGCUUUGUUUCUUCUUGGAUUUUGAGUGCGAAUAACCUUAGCUGGAUGAUUCGCUUUCACGUGGCGGAGGGCCACUGCUACAGAACGGGGCGUUCAUGGGAAAGAGAUGCAGUAUGUUGUAAAGAGACAGACCUACAUACCAAUUGUCGGAUAGACAACCCCGAAUGCUACCAUAGGCCAAUUCUGUCUUGCUGGAUGCAGAUGCGCCGAUGUGUUAUUGACUUCAACACGUGAUGUUGAAGCGGUUUGGUUUGUCACGGCUGUUGAAGUUGCGUCUAGCCCCAACUACGAUGUGGGCCUACACUGUACCAUUGUUUGGGAAGCGAACUGUACAGUAGUCGUGAAUUUCGCCCCGCAGAUGCAGACAACCAGUCAACACACUAAAUACAAUACAACAGAUAGAUCAAACCACCGCCCUUCAAAACAAAGUGAUCACUCCAAUGAAAACGAUGUAUUAUGGACCGUAAUUUACGGUCUUGGCACUACCAACUACGACAGCGCUGAUCCAAAGUCCAGUCUUCAGCUGCCGAGCCACCAGGCUUCGCAGCACACAAAUAUAAAGGUCGGUUGUGUCACAAGAUACGGGGGUAAACCCCGUCCGCUUAGCAGGCCGUGGCCGUCGAGGUGGUCGAGGUGGUCGUGGCGGUGGCCGUCUCCGUCGAGUUCGACGAAGUGGUCGUGGCGUCGCUGGCGGUCGACGCAGCCGUUGAGGUCGCGGCCGACGUGGUGGAAGCCGUCGUAGUCGUCGCGGCGGUCGAGGUCGAGGUCGUGUCAGCGCUGGUGCUGGCAGCGGUGGACGUCGUCGACGUGGAGGUGGUUGAAGUCGUGCUGGUGCUGGCCGACGAGUCGCUGUCGAGCGACGAGCAAAUGCUCGAGAAGCCGUUCGCCAGCUCGUAGACGUUCACCUCCAGGCCGCUCGCGGGGACCUCCAGGGUGCAGUCGGGCGGCUUGAGCGCAAUGAUGGACUCGAUGAGCGACUGGCAGUCGCUGGACGCGCACAUCUUGACGUACUCAGCGUCCGUGGGCAGCGACGUGGAGUACAGGAGACUGUAGCCAGAGUCGUCGACACAGCCCUGGAACGAGUCGAGCGUCAGCAGGCUGGCCAGCGUCGUGUAGGCGGAGGUCUGCUGCGAGGACGAGCAGGCGUCGGAGCUGGACGAGCUGGAGGCGGCGGCUGAGCCCACGAGUGCCAUGGCGGCGACGGCGAGGAUGGUCUGCGCGUUCAUGGUUAUCUAGUAGCUGUAGGCUAGGAUAUUGAGGAAUGAGGAUUGUAGGCCAGUGCUAUGUUAGAUUGGUUACGUGCGAAGCUUUCACAUCUCGCCAGGACUACUUCCGGCGGAAGCGCAUGAAGGAGAGUAUUUGAGGAGGGGUCUGAUCCAGUUUGCGCUCGAGUGGAGUGAAACUGGUCUUUAUUGAAAACUUGCUGCGACUUCCUGGGCACCAUUUCCAUUUCCAGUGUUUUAGCCUCCGAGCAAAUCUUCGGUUCCCUAUGAAUGAAGAUGCUGAUUGCGGGCUAAGCUUACACCACGGCGUAGUAAUGAAUGAAACACUAGUACAGCAAUGCGUUGCUGUACGAUGAAAACAUGUUUAGAGUUAGGACAACCGCUCCCCGAGAGCGACUCCUGACGGCAAGAUAUGCCCAAGCUUUCGUCUGCUCAAUGUAGGCGCGAGUCUGGCUGCGCUCGCACGUCCUGAUAUAUAGCGCCCGCGGCAGAACUGCCCUGGGACAUGGUCUAAGGCUCCAUUACCCGUUCAUGACCGAGCAUUUGGGCACCCAGACGCACUCCCGCACUAUCGGGGUAUCGGGUACGUAGGAUUCACUCUUCAAUCCGAUGUCAAACUCCAUCGGCCUGAGUGAGGCCGAUACAACCCCAGGAGAUCUCUAUGGUGAUUGCUAUAGCAACAAUCUCCUUGGCCGUCCAGGGACCCUUCCGCAGGCCGCAAAGCAGCUUUCGUAACUUCAUCCCAUCGAGUUCAUUCCUCAAUUUUCUCCGCUCUACGCAGACGACACCAGCCUACAGCUACUAGAUAACCAUGAACGCGCAGACCAUCCUCGCCGUCGCCGCCAUGGCACUCGUGGGCUCAGCCGCCGCCUCCAGCUCGUCCAGCUCCGACGCCUGCUCGUCCUCGCAGCAGACCUCCGCCUACACGACGCUGGCCAGCCUGCUGACGCUCGACUCGUUCCAGGGCUGUGUCGACGACUCUGGCUACAGUCUCCUGUACUCCACGUCGCUGCCCACGGACGCUGAGUACGUCAAGAUGUGCGCGUCCAGCGACUGCCAGUCGCUCAUCGAGUCCAUCAUUGCGCUCAAGCCGCCCGACUGCACCCUGGAGGUCCCCGCGAGCGGCCUGGAGGUGAACGUCUACGAGCUGGCGAACGGCUUCUCGAGCAUUUGCUCGUCGCUCGACAGCGACUCGUCGGCCAGCACCAGCACGACUUCAACCACCUCCACGUCGACGACGUCCACCGCUGCCAGCACCAGCGCUGACACGACCUCGACCUCGACCGCCGCGACGACUACGACGGCUUCCACCACGUCGGCCGCGACCUCAACGGCUGCGUCGACCGCCAGCGACGCCACGACCACUUCGUCGAACUCGACGGAGACGGCCACCGCCACGACCACCUCGACCACCUCGACGGCCACGGCCUGCUAAGCGGACGGGGUUUACCCCCGUAUCUUGUGACACAACCGACCUUUAUAUUUGUGUGCUGCGAAGCCUGGUGGCUCGGCAGCUUGAAGACUGGACUUUGGAUCAGCGCUGUCGUAGUUGGUAGUGCCAAGACCGUAAAUUACGGUCCAUAAUACAUCGUUUUCAUUGGAGUGAUCACUUUGUUUUGAAGGGCGGUGGUUUGAUCUAUCUGUUGUAUUGUAUUUAGUGUGUUGACUGGUUGUCUGCAUCUGCGGGGCGAAAUUCACGACUACUGUACAGUUCGCUUCCCAAACAAUGGUACAGUGUAGGCCCACAUCGUAGUUGGGGCUAGACGCAACUUCAACAGCCGUGACAAACCAAACCGCUUCAACAUCACGUGUUGAAGUCAAUAACACAUCGGCGCAUCUGCAUCCAGCAAGACAGAAUUGGCCUAUGGUAGCAUUCGGGGUUGUCUAUCCGACAAUUGGUAUGUAGGUCUGUCUCUUUACAACAUACUGCAUCUCUUUCCCAUGAACGCCCCGUUCUGUAGCAGUGGCCCUCCGCCACGUGAAAGCGAAUCAUCCAGCUAAGGUUAUUCGCACUCAAAAUCCAAGAAGAAACAAAGCAGCAACCCAACCUAUGAUAUCGAAAAGGUUUAUUACAGGGCAAUCGAGACUCGACUCCCAGAAUGAUAUAUACGUGGACAGCCCAGCCGCGCAAACCUACAACUUAGCAGGCCGUGGCAGUCUGGGUCACUGACGUCGUCGAGUUCGACGCCUCCGUCGUGGGCGUGGUAGCGGCCGGGGUGGCGGCGGGGGCCUCCGUCGCAGCGGACACCGUGGCGCUCUCCGUCGUGGCGCUCUCCGUGGCGGGGGCAGCCGUCGUGGCGGGGGCAGCCGUCGUGGCGGCCGGAGCCUCCGUCGUCGUGGCCGUAGCGGCGCUCGAGGCAGUCGAGGUCGUCGACGUCGACGUAGAGGACAGCGACGAGCACUUGGUCGAGAAGCCGCUCGUCAGGUCCACCACGUUGAGCACCAGCCCGCUCGUCGGCACCGUCAGGUCGCAGUCAGGCGGGUUCAAGGCAGCCACCGACUCGAUCAGCGACUUGCAGUUGUCCGACGCGCACAUCUUCUCGUACUGCGCGUCGUCCGGCAGCGACGUCGAGUACAGCAGGCUGAAGCCAGACUCGUCCGCGCAGCCCUGGAACGAGCUCAGCGUCAGCACGCUCGCCAGCGACGAGUACGCGCUGGUCUGGUCGGUCGACGAGCACGUCUCGGCGACGGCGGAGCCCACGAAGGCGGCGGCGGCAACGGCGAGGAAGGUCUUCGUGUUCAUGGUACCUGCGUUGGCUGAAGAAAGCUGUGUG